GAUUGCAAAGGAGAAUGACAGAGAAAACAAGGAGUGGACUGGAAGCUUCCUAUACGUAGUGUCUAACCAGGAACAGAAAACUGCUGGAUGAAAUCUGGGACACAGCACUACUUCUUUGCUUCUCAGAUACAAAAUAAAGAUGCCACCUAGUUCCUUCUUCUACAUGUUCUUAGCCAUUGAAGCAAAUGCUAUUCAUGCUGCUUCAAGAACACCUGAUUCUGGAUUUCAUGUCACGUGUCCUCUGGGCUAUUUCCCUUGUGGGAAUAUCACGAAGUGUUUACCUCAGCUCCUCCACUGCAAUGGGAUAGAUGACUGUGGAAAUCAAGCUGAUGAAGAUAACUGUGGUGAUAACAGUGGAUGGCCGCAACAGGUGGAUGUGAUUUACAACAAAAAGCUGUCCCAAUAUGCCUCUGAAGUGGAAACUGAUGAGUGCUUGGUUGAUUCUGUGCCAGCAGUAUGUUUGUGCCGUGGGUUAGAGAUAGACUGCAGUGAUGCCAAUUUGCACACCGUUCCUUUGGUCUCUUCAAAUAUUACUAUGAUAUCACUACAAGGGAAUUGUCUAACAAAACUUGUUGCCAACGGAUUCAAAAAAUACCAGGAUCUUAAGUACCUGUAUCUCCAAAAUAACAACAUAAGCAUUGUGUCAGGCCAGGCUUUUAGAGGGCUGUACAAUCUGACAAAAUUAUAUCUGAGUCACAACAAGAUCACCUUUUUGAAACCCCGUGUCUUUGAAGAUCUGCAUAAGCUUGAAUGGCUAAUAAUUGAAAACAAUACAUUGAAAUGUGUCACUCCAUUAAACUUCUACGGCCUCAGCUCACUUAUUCUCCUAGAUUUGAUGCAUAAUUCUCUUGCUGAGCUGCCUGAUAAACAUCUUUGUCAAUACAUGCCAAGGCUAAACUGGCUGGAACUUGAGGGCAACAACAUCCACAGUUUAAGAAACGUCACUUUCAUAUCUUGUAGAAGUUUAACAGUACUUGUUCUGAGAAAAAACAGAAUCAGGUCUCUACAUGAAAACAGCCUUGCCGCUCUUCUGAAGUUAGCAGAACUAGAUUUGGCCAACAACCAGAUUGAAUUGCUUCCUCCAAACCUGUUUAAGGAUCUGAAAGAACUCUCAAAACUAGAUCUUUCAUACAAUCCAAUUCAGCAAAUACAAGUGGGCCAGUUUGAUUAUCUUGUAAAGCUCAACUCACUAAGCCUUGAAGGUUUUGAAAUUUCAAACAUCCAAAGAAGAAUGUUUACACCACUUAGAGAGCUUUCCCAUAUAUAUUUUAAGAAGUUUCAGUAUUGUGGAUAUGCUCCUCAUGUACGCAGCUGCAAACCAAAUACAGAUGGAAUCUCAUCCUUUGAGAAUCUGCUGGCCAGCAUUAUACAGAGAGUGUUUGUUUGGGUUGUGUCUGCUGUCACAUGCUUUGGAAACAUCUUUGUCAUAUGUAUGCGACCUUACAUUCGAUCGGAGAACAAACUCCACGCUCUUUCAAUAAUGUCCCUCUGUUGUGCUGAUUGUCUCAUGGGUAUAUACUUAUUUGUGAUUGGUGCCUUUGACAUGAAAUAUCGUGGAGAAUACAAUAAGCAUGCUCAGUUAUGGAUGGACAGUAUCCAGUGCCAGCUGGUGGGAUCUUUGGCCAUUUUAUCCACCGAAGUAUCAGUUUUAUUAUUAACCUACCUGACUUUGGAAAAAUACAUCUGCAUAGUUUAUCCCUUUAGAUUCUUGAAGCCAGGAAAAUACAGGACAAUUUCCAUUUUGGUUCUCAUCUGGUCUAUAGGGUUUGUAGUUGCUUUUAUUCCACUGAGCAAUAAGAAUUUUUUCCACAAUUACUAUGGUACUAAUGGGGUAUGUUUUCCCCUUCAUUCCGAGCAGUCCGAAAGUACUGGAGGUCAGAUUUAUUCUGUCAUCAUUUUUCUAGGUGUUAACUUGGUAGCAUUUAUCAUCAUAGUAUUCUCUUAUGGAAGUAUGUUUUAUAGUGUUCAUCAAACCACCAUCACAGCAGUGGAAAUCCAGAAUCAUGUGAAGAAAGAGAUGACCCUUGCCAAACGUUUUUUCUUCAUUGUAUUAACUGAUGCACUAUGCUGGAUACCCAUAUUUAUCCUAAAACUGCUUUCUUUGCUUCAAGUAGAAAUUCCAGGUUCCAUAACGUCCUGGGUUGUGAUUUUUAUAUUACCAAUCAACAGUGCAUUGAACCCUCUUCUCUAUACAUUGACUACCAGACCCUUUAAAGAAAUGAUUAAUCAAAUAUGGCACAAUUACCAGCAACAAAGAUCCUCAGCAAGUAAAAUAAGCCAGAAAAUGUAUGGUCCAUCAUUUAUUCGGGUUGAAAUGUGGCCUACAGAAGAGACUUCAGCUGAGUUGGCAAAACCUACCUAUUACGCAGAUUCCUGUGAGAGAUCAAAGCACACACACUCAGAAAGACUAAAUUGGUACACAUGAAGAUGGUUCAAAACAAGACACAUUCAUUGAAAAUUGCACAUUCAUCUUGUUAUCCUGAAGAUGCUGCAUUUACAACGAUGGAAGACCAGAUCCCAUAAGUCCUGGGCUGAGUAAAAUAAAAGACAGGUCACUAACACAAUAAAUGUGAUUAGGAACUUUUGAGGAAAUAUCCAGAAGAGGUUGGUGGACUGGUUGAAAAAGAGCCGAAAGAAAGUAUUAGUUGUGCUGUAGCAAUUUCCACAGAAAGAGCACAUUCAUCUGUUGUCUCAAAAAUGACAAGUACUAAGGCACCUUAACAUACAACAGUUGGACUAUAUUCGGCAAAUAGUCUCCAUAUAUUUGUUUUUAUUUAUUUAUUUAUUCUACUUAUGCUGGUGAUUACUGGUUGAGGGGUAUAUCUAUGAACGACUGAUCUAAAGGCAAAAGAAAUAAAAGUGGUAAUCUAAAGAGCUGUAUUGCAACUAGAUCAUUAAAGUAUAUAUACUGAAAAAGUUUAUGGAUUUCAUCUUUCACCUAAGCCUAGGCAGAUUUCUUCUAAUACUGCAAUUCUAUAUUCACUAAUCCAGGAGUACGAGAAGUCCAGGUUUGCACUGUUAAAUGCCAAUAAAAAGCUGAUAUGACUUGGAUUGAUGAAUAUUUGUAAAAAGAACUGCACUGUUCUAUUUUACAUAGCUUAAAAAGUCCUCAUCCUUGAAGAAUAGCAUUUUUAUAUAAGAAAAGAGUACUUUUUAAUGACUUCGGUUUUGUAAAAUGAAUACAAAGACAGGUGUGGCAAUGGUCUUUUGUUGCAAAAGAUUUUAUAUGUGUUUGGCUGGACUUCUUAAAGUCUGUAAGAAAAGAUGCUGAAUACUUCCAUUCUGGAAUGUCCUGAACUUCACUAUAAAUAAAUAUUUUACCUCUAGUUUCCAUUAAUACUUACAGAUAUCAUUGUGUUUGUAAAUAAAAGGACAGUU